CUCCGAUUCCGAUGUCUUUGACCAGCGUUGACUGUGUCGCAGUCAGUUGAGACGCUGCCGGGAGGAAUACAGGGUUUCUAUCACAGUUCCUCUUCCAUAUCUCUUCGUCCGCUGCACCUCUCUCAUUCCGCCAUGAUGAGAACUCCGAAAUUCACCCCGAACACUACCACUAUACCCUCCGAAGAAUGGCGAAACCUCCUACGGUCCUUACUCCGCGAAUGCUCCUACCUACCCGACCCCAUCGCAAAGGGACACAUGCGUGACCAUGUGAUACAGAGAUUCCGCCGAUAUUACUUUAACACCCAGAUACAGCAAGAAGCAGAGCACCAGCGCAAACUUCGCAAAACAGCAUUACAGCGACUAUCUCUCCUCCGACGCGCAAACGAAGGAUACACGAAAGCACUGGAACACGUACUCCGGCUAUCAUAUGGACGAACGGGAAAACGACGGAAUGACUUGCUGUGCAAAUUGGUUGCCCCUGAAACUCCCGUGGACAGCCAGGAGGUGGCCGAGCUGAUCAAUAAGCCCUUUGCGUACUAUGAUGGGUGGGAACCACCGUCGGUUGUGAGGGCGUUGCUCAAAGCGCAACAUGCUCAUGGGAUUAUCCAUGAAUUGCGUGUUCGUCCACAGGUCAAGUCCAUUGAGCCACGGAUACCCGAGGAGAAUAGUUGGAGGAGGCCAGUGGUUGCGGUGCGUCGGAGGAACAUUAGGAAAAAUUGGUACACUGCAGCAUUAAAGAGCCUGCUUCCGCCAAUACCAGCGGAAGAGCUGGAUAUACUGGAGGGUUUGAUAUCUGGGAAACAGCACUGGGAGCCACCGAGACGGAGAAAGGUGGUAGAGAGCCCUAAAGAGGAGGAUGAUCGCUACUUGAGAUUCUUGGUGGAUGGUCCACAAAAAGGGCAUACAUUCAGGCAGUAUGUCGAUGGUCGACCGCAUAAUAUCACACGGCGAUUUAUGCGGAGGUUAUGGCGACGCAUCGACUGCCUGGUUCCUCGAAUGUCUUGGGAUGAUUCUAGUCAGAAGUAUAACUUCACGUGGGCUGCUGUAAAGGCGAUGGCAGAGAUGUCUUUGCCCAUGAAUGAUGACCCAGAGAUCUUUGGGAACGUGGAUUCGCAGGGACAAUUGAUUUUGCAGUCAAAGUCUAGCAAAAAGAGCAGGACGCCUAUACUAAAGUCAGGCACAGAGUAGAAUUAUAUAGCAACGCCAGUCAACGAGUAUAUGCCAAUCUCCCUUAUUAGCGCUAUAAUACAGAACAUGGGCAAUGAAAUCAUGCAGAGAAGUAAUGGCUAUCCGCGCAGGUGAGAUAGGGAUACAUCGCGCAACCUGCCAUACUCAUC